GUAUACCCACAAUUUGUAGAACAAGAAAAAGGAAAAAAAAAAGCUAAUGGAGACUGUGAUUAUGUAAUCUUCUGCUUUCAACUUUCAUAAUUAAUAAAACUAAUCUCCUUAUCAACACCAAACCCAAACAAACAUCAAAUCCCAUUCUUCUCUCUGUAUUUGAUUUGGUUGAAGAAACUGUACAGAAUGAAGAAUUAAAGGCGGAAUUUUGAGAAACGAAGACAAAUAAGUGAGGAAAUUGUUUGUUUGUUUGAUUGUUGUCGUUUGGUAGGAGAAGUUAAAUGGCGGGUGAAUUAGGAGGAGGAGGAGCAUUGUCGUUUUCAGUUGCGUCUGUGGUGGAAAAUGUACUGCAACAGCAUGGGAAUAGACUCAGAGAUCUUGAUUUAGUCUCUAGGAGAACUGAAGAAGCUGCAUCUAGAAGACAUGAGGCGGCCGGAUGGUUAAGAAAGGCGGUCGGAGUUGUUGCGGCUAAAGAUUUGCCGGCCGAGCCGUCUGAGGAAGAGUUUAGGCUUGGAUUGAGAAGUGGAAUUAUUCUUUGUAAUGCUCUUAAUAAAGUUCAGCCUGGAGCUGUGCCAAAGGUUGUUGAAAGUCCAUGUGAUGCAGCUCUUAUUCCUGAUGGAGCUGCAUUAUCAGCUUUUCAGUAUUUUGAAAAUGUGAGGAAUUUCCUUGUGGCCAUACAAGAGAUUGGCCUUCCAACUUUUGAAGCAUCUGAUCUAGAACAGGGAGGAAAAUCUGCCAGAGUUGUAAAUAGUGUUCUGGCAUGUAAAUCAUACAGUGAGUGGAAACAAACUGGUGGAAAUGGAGUAUGGAAAUUUGGUGGAAAUGUGAAACCCUCUGUCCCAGCAAAAUCCUUUGUAAGGAAAAAUAGUGAGCCAUUCAUGAAUUCCCUGUCCAGGAAUUCGUCAAUGACCGAAAGAUCUUUGAAUAUUUUGUCCACUGACAUUGACUCUAAGAAAAUGUCUAGUUCUGGUUCAUUUAGUACACUGGUUCGUGCUGUUUUAUUAGAUAAAAAGCCUGAAGAAAUUCCAUCGUUGGUGGAAUCAGUGCUAAGUAAGGUUGUGGAAGAGUUUGAGCAACGCAUUACAAGUCAAUAUGACCUGAUAAAAACAAGUCCUAAAGACAUGGCUGUUUCCCAGGGCAACAAAUUUCCAUUUAAACCUUCAUCUGGUGAUAAAAGGACUGAAGAAAAAACCACUAGAGCAAUAAAGAAAGAGGAAUGCUUUCAUAAGAACCGCAUUUCUGACGAGGAACUUAAAAAUCAAAAUUUGAAACAGCAGAUGAUCUUUGAUAAACAACAAAGUGAUGUUCAGGAUCUAAAGCAUGCACUUCGUACCACAAAAGCUGGAAUGCAGUUUAUGCAAAUGAAAUUUCACGAGGAGUUUAGCAAUUUAGGCAUGCAUGUCCAAAGUCUAGCUCAUGCUGCUUCUGGUUACCAUAAGGUUCUUGAGGAAAAUCGCAAGCUAUACAAUCAAGUGCAAGACCUCAAGGGAAGUAUCCGUGUAUAUUGCCGAGUGAGGCCAUUUUUAUCCGGUCAAUCAAACUAUUUGAGCAUCGUGGAUCAUAUGGAAGAGGGAAACAUUGUUAUUAACACCCCAGCAAGACAUGGAAAUGGGAGGAAGUCUUUCAGCUUCAACAAGGUCUUUGGACCAUCUGCAACACAAGCGGAGGUCUUUUCCGAUAUGCAGCCAUUGAUUCGAUCUGUUCUCGACGGAUUUAAUGUUUGCAUAUUUGCAUAUGGUCAAACAGGAUCAGGAAAAACUUUCACCAUGACGGGACCUAAGGAGCUUACAGAAAAAAGCCUAGGGGUUAAUUAUAGGGCAUUGAGCGAUUUGUUUCUUCUAGCAGAGCAAAGGAAGGACAUCUUCUCUUACAAUGUUGCAGUGCAAAUGAUUGAGAUUUACAAUGAGCAAGUGAGGGAUCUCCUUGUCACCGAUGGAAGUAACAAAAGAUUAGAAAUUCGUAAUAGCUCUCAAACAGGCCUGAAUGUACCAGAUGCAAACCUUGUUCGUGUUUCAUUAACAUCUGAUGUCAUUGAUCUGAUGAACUUGGGACAAAAGAAUCGUGCAGUCGGUGCAACAGCCCUAAAUGACCGUAGCAGUAGAUCUCAUAGUUGCUUGACUGUUCAUGUUCAAGGGAGGGACUUGACAUCUGGGGCUAUACUCCGUGGUUGCAUGCAUUUGGUUGAUUUGGCAGGAAGUGAGCGAGUAGACAAAUCUGAAGUGACCGGUGAUAGACUGAAAGAGGCACAGCAUAUUAACAAAUCUCUUUCAGCUUUAGGUGAUGUGAUUGCUUCACUUUCUCAAAAGAACCCGCAUGUCCCAUACCGAAACAGCAAGCUUACUCAGCUGCUCCAAGAUUCACUUGGAGGUCAGGCAAAAACAUUAAUGUUUGUGCACAUAAGUCCUGAACCUGAAGCUGUUGGAGAAACAAUAAGCACACUGAAAUUUGCAGAGCGAGUAGCCACUGUCGAACUAGGUGCAGCUCGAGUAAACAAAGACAGCUCAUCAGAUGUUAAAGAGCUCAAAGAACAAAUUGCUAGUCUUAAGGCGGCGUUGUCGGCAAGCAAAGAGGGAGAAUCAGAAUUUGCUCAACAUUCGGCAUCUGGAAACUCUGAGAAGUACAGAAGAAAAGAAAAUGAUUCAUCACCAUUCAGUUCUAACCAGCGGCAAGGAGACGUUGCCACUGAUACUAAUAGCUUCCGGCAACCCAUGGGCGAUGUGGGCAACAUAGAGGUUCAUACAAACUCUAUACUGAGGCAAAAACGACAAAGUUUCGAUCUUGACGAGUUAUUAGCAAAUUCACCUCCAUGGCCACCAGUGAUUAGUCCUAACACAAAAUACGGAGAAGACGAGAAAGAUGUAGGCCUAGGUGAUUGGGUAGAUAAAGUGAUGGUGAAUAAACAAGAUGGUAUUAACAGAGUGGAAGACCCUCUCGGGUGUUGGGAAACAGAUAACAGGCAUUUGCCAGAUGCUUUUUACCAGAAACUUCUUACCGACUCUACAAAAAUUUACCCCGAGCAAUCCUAUAACAUGUUCACUGGUGGUAAUAACCGCUUCAACUUGAAUACUGGCGACGACAUGGACGAUCUUGACGCUGGCACUAGUGAUUCAUCAGAACCUGAUUUACUAUGGCAGUUCAAUCAGUCCAAACUUUCUGGUUUAGCCAUCGGAACCGAGUCAAAGAGUAAGAAACCAAAUUUGAAAGCAGCAAAGAAUUCCGACUUGAGCAGGAAUUUAAAUUCUACGCUAGGCCCUUCGCCGUCUAGGAAGUUACCAAACGGAGUUGGUGCUCCGGUAAACCGAGGCGGAAGGCAGCCACCAGCAUCUGUUGAUAUGAAACGCAGAACUGCAAAUAGAAAGUAGGAGUUUUAACCACGCUGAAACGAGAUUUCAGAUUUUUCUUUUUUCUUUUUCUUAUAUAUAAAAAUAUAAAUUUCUUGAUUUUUUUAUUUCUGAGAGAGAGGUUGUUUUCUUUCGAUUUUUUCUGUAUAAUAUCUAUAUAACACAGUAAAAUGGAGCAAUAAUUGUAGUUGCUUGGUUUUUGAUAAGGGAUAUAUUUGUUUGCUCCUGUAAAAUAUUUAUUUCAGACCCAAAUAUUAUGAUCUUGAAAUUCUUUA